AUGCACAUUGCAGACGAAGUGCAAGAUUCCGCGCGUCGAGAUGUUGAAAGUGAUUUUUCUAACCAUGUUGAUUGGGGUGAAGAUAGUGUAUUUGAUGGUGAGGAUGAUGGUCGGUAUUAUGAUAAUUCGAAUGAAGAAGCAAAUGUCCACGAGAAUGAUAGCGAAAAUGAGGAUGAGAAUGAGCAACUCGAGCAGGAUAAUGAAAAUGAGGACAUCAAUGAUGAUUUCAAUGGAGAAGCGAACGUCCACGAGAAUGAUAGCGAAAAUGAUGACGAGAUUGAGCAACUCGAGCAAGAUAAUGAAAAUGAGGACAUCAUUCCUCCGAAGUGUGUUAAUAUUCAUAAUGUGCCACCACUUAACCUUUCCCAAAAUGAUACUCCUAAUGAAGAUGCAUUCAAUGAAUCUACUUUUCGUUUGAGAAAUGCUUGGAUGGUUCCUGGAGUAACUUAUCAUUUUCCGGAUGUGCAAACUCGGGUCGAAGAGCCUCCUCCUCCUGUAUUUUAA